AUGGAAUGGUAUUACCGUCUUGUGAUGGGUCAACGGAGUGACUGCGCGAGAAACGAGCAUGUGGAAUUACUGUUGUCUUGCGCACUUCCAGAGAUCGAUCUGGAGAAUCUGUCAUUCGAAAACCUUGAGGAGAUAUUGCCGAGACUCUUUUUCUCCAAGAAGAAGAUCACCAAGAAAUUCGGCGAUGUCCUUGUCCUUGAACGGCUCUUGCAGUGCGGCUGUAGAGACUGCAAUACCCUGCGCACAGGAGAUCCACAAACCAUCCGUGACGAAAUGUUGGGCUCACCAAAAGGCUCAAUUCUGCUCUUAGCACUGGUGCUUCUGAUAUAUCUCGACAGGCUUCACUACAUCUAUCCCUUGAUCUCCUUGGGCUCGAAGACAAACGACAGUUUACAGAGUAUCAUCCGGCACCUUAGUCCGGGCAGUGACGGGAUGAGAGGGCUCAUUGUCAUGAAGGAGGAAGAUUUGAACCUUAUCGGUACACCUGAGAAGAAGCUGAGUGCAGAACGUCGAGCGGAAAGAAGAGAAAAAACAAGGCAAUGGGAGCGGCUACACAAAACAUUCGAGGCCAUGCGCAACGAAGUGUCUUGUAUGUUUGAGCCUGUGAUUAUCCGGUUGUUGAAUCAGAAGGACUCGUGUCAGUGGUACCAUCAACACUCUCGGUUUCCUUUUCUAGACGCCGAAGAUCGAGUACCUCAAGGGUCAUUUGGCACUGUCACCAAAUUUCGUAUUCCGUCCGAAUACCUCCACGAAUCCAUCAAGGGUUUUAUGGAGAGUCGAUAUCGAGGUUCGAGGGAUGAGGCAACCGGAGAGUACCUUUUCGUUCGAAAGUCCUUGGUGCUUCAGAAGGGUGAGCUGCCACACAAGCCGACCACUGGCAGUAACGAAGGCACGAUAGCCGGUCUAGCCUCCAUGGUAAACGGGGACGCGGCAGACAACAUCAUCAGCCUUCUCUCCUUAUAUACUUGGAGGGGCAGCCUGUAUUUCAUCUUUCCAUGCCUGAAAAUGGACUUAUACCAUCUACUUCGCCAAACGACCCUCCCCGGGGAUCAAACUAAGCCCACGAAGCUACGUUCAAACGAGGAACUACUAAAGCAUUGGCUGUGGAAACAAAUGAUUGGCGUUGCUCAUGCACUCAGCGUCAUUCACACGAAUAUGAAGCACCCCCGUGGGGGGGUCGAGGGAUACAUCAUCGCUUCGCACUUUGAUCUUAAGCCAGCAAACAUCCUGGUCACCAGUCAAGGUGUACUUAAAGUCACAGACUUUGGCGAAUCGGUGAUAAGCGUGACCAAAAGUCUUCAAAACAUGUCAACGUCUUUCAGACCAGGUGACCCCAAGUACGCUGCUUCAGAGUCUAGGCCCUCGGAAGCAGAGCUUGCGAGGGCUUAUGGGGCUGGAGAGGACAGUUUUCAGGUCUUACUCAAUUACGACGUCUGGGCGCUAGCUUGCGUCAUGACAGAGGUGCUUGUCGUGUUGUUGGAUACCGAUGAGCCCCCGGCAGGGACAGCUAUCGACAGAUUCCAUGCCAAGCUCGAGAAAGAAUCUCGGGUCGAAGAAACGCGAGGCGCAUUUCUCGAGGGAGGCCAUGAGCUCAAGCCCUAUGCCCGCAAGGUACUGGAAAACUUUCCAAACCUCCCGCGCUUUGCCCACGAUGGUCCGAAGAAAUGGUAUAUGCAGAGUGUCUCCAAUUUUCUCCUCAGUAUGUACUCUCCUGGAAAUUGCUAUCUUCCAUCUUCCUUCAAACCCAAAACUGCCAGGCUGCUGAGAAGUGGACUUUCGUACGAGUCGUGUGAUAAGUCAUCGUCGCGAAGAGAGACAAAAAACUCAACCAAACUCUCAUCAGGAAACUUUCGUACGCUACCAUCCUCACCCUCCCCUUCUGAAACAAGAUCUUCCACAAUUUCCAACACAGCCCUCAACAUCAUCCCCUGUAAAGAAGUAAAAGUGAACUUGGGAUAG